AUGUCACUCUCGACCUCCUCAGCCCAUCCGGUCCGCGACCUCCUCCGCACCGAACUCCAAGACGGCUGGCACCGCUUCGACCGAAUGAUGGAGGAUAACACGACGCUUGGGAGCGGGCCGAACGGGGGCGCGAUGGAGUUCACGCAGUGGGACGGGCUGAAGAGGGCUGCGAGUGACGCUGCGAAGGAAGGGCGCAAAGACGUCCAAGUCCUCCGUUCCCGCGCCGCGCAGGCCUCACCGGCCCUGACAAAUCCCUAUCCCUUAAUCUCCACCCCCUCCCUCACCCACGACGCCUCCCUGCACUCGCGCUUCGCAAAGCAGUACCUCACUUACGCGGGGCGAGACGCAAAGGAGGCUGCGAGGCAGGCUGGGAUGGCGGGCAGGGAGGUGUUUGAGGUUGGGAGGAGGAAGGUCGUUGGGACGGAUGGGGAUGCUGACCCGACUCAUGCGAAACCAACACUCUUCAAGUCCCUCGAGUCGCGCCUCAUCCGCCCGAACGGAUACCCUACGAACGCAGCCAUCGCUGCUGCAGACGCUGCAUUGCUGGGUAUUGGUAUUGAUCUUGGAGUGGGGAUGGGAAUUGGGUUUGCGGCGGAGAGGAGGGCGAGGGCGAAGCGCGAGAGGGAGAGGGCCGCAAGAGAGCUGGCGCGCGAGCGUCCGUAG